GAUUUCACGAAAAUUCUCAGGAAGUCUCGGAGGAUUCACUUUUUAGGUUAUGGGAAAAAAUGACAUACUGUGAUGUCACUUGCAAUCAACUUCACACCGUACACAUUGCUUUUGACAGUUCAGAAAGUUUUUUUCACGCAGUAGAAAUAGUUUUCUUUUCCUGGCCAAAUCAUGUCUCUUUCGAGCAUUUUGCCAGCCCCAAUCAAUUCAGCAUGGGAUCGUGAUGAGGAGAAUCAUCAGAGUUUAGCUAAAGGUGCCCCCACGAUAGGGGCAUUGGUGAGUGCAAAAAUAGCAGCUCCGCCCUAUGGGCAGCGUCGUAAUUGGAUUCCCCGCACGGAAGCAGACUUUGGGGAUGGUGGUGCAUUCCCGGAGAUCACAGUGGCUCAGUAUCCACUUGGAAUGGGAGCUCCGGAGAAUGCCAACAAAAAAUCCAAUGCUCUUGCAAUUCAACUCGAUGAGACUGGGAAGAUAAAGUAUGACGUCAUAGCUCGUCAGGGGCACUCAAAAGACAAGAUUGUCUACUCGAAUUUGAGUCAACUCCUCCCGGCUGAGGUACUUGCGGAAGAUGCGGAAAUUCUGCAGAAACCCGAUGAGGAAACCCUGGCGGAUACCACGGAGAAGACACGGAUGGCACUGGAGAAGUUGACUAAUGCAAAGAUAGCAGCAGCCAUGCCUGUGCGGCAUGCUGAAAAGGCAGCUCCGGCUCAGUAUAUUCGGUAUACGCCUUCCCAGCAGGGGGAUGCAUUCAAUUCGGGUGCUAAGCAGCGUGUCAUUCGAAUGGUUGAAGCUCAAGUGGACCCAAUGGAGCCACCAAAGUUCCGUAUUAACAAGAAAAUCCCCCGGGGGCCACCGUCACCACCGGCUCCGGUACUCCAUUCACCUUCCCGGAAGGUUACGGUGAAGGAGCAGAAAGAGUGGAAGGUACCGCCAUGCAUCUCGAACUGGAAGAACUCCAAGGGCUACACAAUUCCACUGGAUAAGCGUCUUGCAGCCGAUGGACGUGGCCUGCAGCAGGUUCAUAUCAAUGAGAAAUUCGCCAAAAUGGCUGAGGCGCUCUACAUUGCCGAUCGCAAGGCGCGCGAAGCCGUCGAGGCGCGUGCACAGCUGGAGAAGAAGUUGGCACAGAAGGAGAAGGAGAAGAAGGAGGAUAUGCUGCGUCAGAUGGCACAGAGAGCACGUGAUGAACGUGCGGGCAUUCGUGUGGCUGGCAAUGAGUCUGAGGCUGCAAAUCCGGAUUCACGGGAACGCGAUGAGCUACGUGCUGAGCGGCAUCGUGAACGUGCCAGGGAUAGGAAUAUCGCUCGAGCAGCCCCGGAUAAGCGAUCAAAACUCCAACGAGAGCGUGAGAGGGAUAUUUCGGAGCAAAUUGCCCUCGGGAUGCCGGCAAAGACUCACACAGGGGGUGAGACACAAUUCGAUCAGAGACUCUUCAACACGUCCAAGGGGAUGGAUUCCGGCUAUGGGGAUGACGAGGCGUACAAUGUGUACGAUAAACCCUGGAGGGAAGCUGGUGGCUUGGGGUCACAUCUCUAUCGACCCAGCAAGUCAAUUGAUCAGGAUGCCUACGGGGCUGACUUGGAGCGUAUUGUCAAUACGAGUCGCUUUGUGCCCGAUAAGGAAUUCAGCGGGACAGAUAGAUCGGCACAGAAUGCACGCCAAGGUCCUGUGCAGUUUGAGAAGGAGGAGGAUCCAUUUGGUUUGGAUCAGUUCUUGACUAUGGCAAAGAAGGCCCCAAAACGCGGACAAUCCUCAUCAACGGAGCACAGCAGCAAGGACAAAGAUCGGGAUAAGAAGCGUCGUCGUGAUUAAAUUGUUCCCCCUUCAACGGAAAUUACCACCAUUCAGGCAUUUUUUGAUUAUUGUAGAAUGAUUGAAAUGUAAUGAUUUAGAAUUAAUUUGAGGGAAAAUGUGUAUCAUUUUAUCGACAAAGUUUAUUUAAAAACAAAUAAAACGAAAUAAACUUUAAUA